CUUUUUAGGCGUUCUAUACGGAGUAUGAAAUCGCCUUCUGAAAUCACUUGGCUUCUGUCUGCCGUCUGUCUCUCUGUCACGCUUUUCGUUGCCAUGACAACACUAUGGUGUAUGGUUGUAUUUUACUACAAGAGACAAAAUCCUCAUAGCUUUAUAAAUUGUUGUACUUGUGAUGGAUUCUAGUUAAAGAAGAGUGGACUUCAAGAUCAAAAUAAAAUUUAUUAAGAGCGAUUCUGGUACUCAUUAUUGCAAUGGGGAUGUAGCGAAAAAAACGAAAGGAACGAUGCAAAAAGUGCUGCAGGAGAGAGAACUACAUAUGCUACCGUCGCACUGAUAUCCGGAGCGCAGCGUGGGGGCUCAUUCAGCCGAGCGAAGCGAGGCACGUGACAUUGAUGAUAAAGACAGUGAUACUGAGUUCAAUUACACACAACGGAGUAUCAAG